AUACUUUCGCACAUUUCAUGUCAUUUCACUUUUACCUCUAUUCUUCCACGCCAGCAGCUAUAUACAGCAUAACCCGGUAGAAAGCGCACCCAAACGGCCAGAACGACAUCACACGCCCACUGAGAGCAGUCACAAGCGGUAACACACCUCGCGCGGCCCUGCGUCUUAGUCCGAAGCAUCAAAGUUGGUCAUGUCCAAAAACAUUUCUUACCCCGUACCUCAGCAAGAACCGUACCAAAGCCAGCCAACUGUCCGAAAUGGAAACGGAUACUACCGUACAUCUUCGGGAUUUACUCAACGCCAUGGAAGACAGACCAGUGGGUCAAGAUCUUACCCUAGUGCGCUUGACUCUUCCAUAACAAGGCUGCUCGUGACCACGAAACAACUUUUGCAAGGUCUUGACCAAUGGUCGCAUGGCUUGAUUUCCGAAAUCGAUGUGAGCGAUAUUUAUGUGCGUUUGGGCAAUGGAUUUGAGACUUGCGUGCAAGCCUUCAGCCGAGUGGGUAUAGAUACAAGAGAGCUCAGCUCGAUUCCUCAAGAUCUGCGCAACUGCCUGGAGCAUUGUCUCUCCCAAGAUCCUUCCCCGGAUAGUCUCGAUAGAUUCCUCCCUGAAAUCCGCAACAUUAUUCAAUAUUUGCUGCAAGGGUUAAAGCAGAAGCAAAUGCAGUACAAGAGAUUACAGGAAAGGAACAGGCAAUACGAGUCAAGCUCUUCUUUGGCAGGGACGACUUCGACAGUAGGCGAUGGUUCCCAAGCCUCUGUCGCGCACUCGCAACCGGUUGGUAUCCCUGGCCAACGAAGACCAUCAGAAGAUUAUCCUUCAGACCCUCGUUUUUCUGCUCGAUCGGGAACAUCUACUUCAUCUGCCUCUCCACCCGUGUCUUCCCAACUCUCUCAACUCUCAUCAACUCAGUUAACCGCUCAGCCUCGAUCGGCCUCAAACCCCGCACUGGCGGAACGUGAGCGCCGACCUGCACCCUCGCGUCCGCCGCCACCCGAUGCCUUCCGCCCGGCUAGACCUCCCGGACCUCGUAGACCUAGUUCGCCUGUUGGAAGUCAGACGCCCCAAGAGAACAUACACAGCGUCAUGAGUCGCGGCGGAGAAUCUCAACAAUCUCAUUCCCCAAGUUAUGAUAUUCCGACCAUUGCUAUAGUACCUGAUUCACGAUCAAACUCUGGUACAGGGCCCAACCCAGCGGCUCCGUCACCUCCGCCGGCCAAGCCUAAUUUGACUAUCAACACUGACAAACCUAUCCCUCCUCGACCGGACCGAUUUGCAAGAGACAGUUAUGGCCGUCCAAUAUCACGCUUUUCGGUAGACUCUGACGCAUCCGCUGGGUCACCGGUGGUUGAAACAGGAGCGGUUGAAACAGGAGCGGUAGACGUACAGAGCAGAGCGAUGGAUUCUGUGCCCGAGGAAGGUGAGCGGAAAUCAGCAGAAUUGAAGAGAAGGCCGAGGGCAAGUGUGGACAGGAGCUCGAGGGCGAGUGGAAGUGGGAGUAGCGAUCGUGGUCACCAAACACAGCAAUCUGAAUGUACCGCGCCAUCAUUACCCAUGCUCGAUUUCCCUAGAAACAUCUCUCUUCACCCAGCCACCCCUCCCGCUGUCAGAAAUCCCCUUCCAGCAACUUCUACCCACGCGCCGACACUUCCACCCCCAGAAUCGCUUCCUAUCCCUGAAGUACCUCCAGAAACGCGUGCAACUCUUGCCGCACUCGAACGUUCGGACGCUCUCGAGCGCAGAGCUUCCAAACGAUUUUCAUCUUACACCUUUAACAACCUCAAUUCUUCUUCAUCCCCUCGAGCAAGCCCUCAGCGACCUACAAGGCGGGCUGUCAAUAAUGCUCGAGAGCAAUUAGCGUCCGGAGGGACGUUGCCAGAAGGAGUGGGUUUGGGUAUGGGUUUGCAUGAGCGUGCAGGAUCAAGAGGGGGGUCACCAAAGUUGGAGAGGGUGAGGGAAGCAGGCGAAGAGCCAGAAGGAAGCGGAGCUACCAUUGAACCGUCCAGUCCCACGGGUUCAGUUCGUGUCCUCAAAACACCUCCUCUGUCACCCUCUGCUACGCCCCGCCCACCAUCGCAUCCUGCGUUUUCUGACCCCAAUCGCAUGAACGUCUUUCUGCAAAUCGGACGUAAAACUAAACGCCAUGUACUUGAGCUGCCGAUCACUCUGGAAGCGCUCAAACUGGUGUUCAUGGAAAGAUUCGAGUAUGAUCCUGGAAAAGAAGACUUCCCAGAUGUAUACAUUAGAGAUAGAGAUGGGAUGGAGUACGAAUUGGAAGGGGUUGAAGAUUUGAGAGAAGGGUGCACGUUGUGCUUGAACAUUGAACCGCUGGACCAAGUUAAGCUCCACAUUGAUUCUACCUUUGCUACCCUUGUGCAAGAGAUGAAAGAACUUCGCCAAGCUCUCGACAAGGAACGCGAGACCACCAAGCGACUGUCCGUCUUGGCGUCGCCGUCGGUUGCUGGGGACCCAGCUUCUCUGACUCCUUCCACCUCCCCCUUGCAACCUCCCGCCUCCGCCAUCUCCCUUCCUGCCCCUACGCCUUUAGUGGUAGGUCCGUCAGAAGACCAUCUUAAACAGAUCCAAGAGCAACAUGAAGAGCUUGAGAGUCUGCGCAGAGAAUUAGCCAUCACGCGUCAGUCGCAUGCCGAGCAUAUCAACGAGUCUUCGGCUAUUAUUUCAUCUUUGAAAGAUGAGAUCGCCCAGAUCAAAAAGGUCACUUCGACGAAUCCCAAUUCGAACCGCGGUCUCGUCGACCGAAGCAAAGCCGAACUCGAUACCCAGUGUACGGAAACGAUCAAAGCUGUCGAAGACAUUACCGAUAUCGUUGAUGCCGCACGUAUCGAUGCAUACAAACGAUUUGUCACGCCAUCUAAACAGCAGAUGGCUACCAUCCAAUCUGAUCUUCAAAAAGCCCGCCAGCUUGUUGAAGACUUUACCAGUGCUGUCAAGAUUGCCGAUCCUACAUGGCGAGGUACAUGGCAGACUGAACUUCACAGGGUGAUGGAGGAGCAAAAGCUGCUUCAUCACCAGACCAAGCUGUGUGGAGACUUGAAAAAGGAUUUGGAAGAUGCGGAAAGCAUGCUUGGAAAUGUGCAGACCUUUGUCGAGCAGCGGGUUGCUGGAACUAGGACAGCUAGGAUUAGGGUCGGUGCUGAUGCCGAGGUCGAAGGCGGGGGCAUCUCGAGCUUGCUUAUGGAGAUCCGUACCAAGGAUUCUGAUCCCGAACAACGUCUCCGUGCUAUCGAAGCCCAACAGCGGGCUCGUGCGAGGGAACGUGCGAACAAGGUGGAUGAAUUUGAGGCGGAGCUGAAAGGAUUUGUAGGUGGGAAGAGAUUGAAGAAGACUGGAGGAGCAGAGGAGGUGGAUAGACUGAGAGGAAGGAAAGACGAAGUGUUGAGGGUGCAGUUGACUGGAAGUAGUGGCGUUGGCGCAAUCACACCACAGAUCACGGGGCAGAGUGCGAAAGCGAUCAGUCCGCAGGGAACGGGGCAAAGUGUAAAUACAGUCAUUAGUGGGAGUGGAUCUGCACCGACGACACCGGCCAAGGUUGAAGGCAAGGAAAAAGAGCCGGAGGAAAUGCUGGUGAAGAGUUCAAGUGCAGCUAGUUUAGCGAGUUCCAAUGCGGCUCCGGAAGGAGUGAGCCCGGGGGUUAGUCCUGCAAAGGAUCAGCCACUGGUCGAGACUAAAGAGGAGGCAGAUGUUUAGAUUCGUUGUAUAUACUAGAUACGCUUAUGGGCGGGACAUUUUAAUAUAGUGGAUAAAACAAGCGCAUACUACUCAUAUAUUGUCGCAAAUGCGAGAAAGAAUGAAGGAUUUACAUAAUGAGUGAAUCAUGUUGUCGUGUG